AUGAUAUGGAAGGAGGUGGCUCCGGCCAGUAAGGAGGCUGCUGGGUGCAUGACCGCACUUGCUUUCCCCUGACUGAUACGGAGGAUGUGAGCUCGGUUCCUGUCGCCUCUGCCCAGACGCUGGUCCAGGCCCUUCGUUGGGACCCACCGGCAGGUCGUCCCCGAGGGCAAGUUCAACACACUGCUGCCUGCACUGCUGCCCCUCCCAGGGCCCCUUGGGGUCUGGGCCUUGGGGGGUGGGGGGUUCUCCCGGCCCCAGGCAGGAUCCCUCGAGAAACUCGGAUGUCCCCACAGCCUUCCCGAGGGUACGCUCCACCGCAUGUGGCCCGGGCCCCAGCGGUCGCUAGGCUGCGGACUGGGGCGCCUGGCCAAGCCGGGUGCUGAUGGAGCCGGUGGCGGCGGCAACAGCACGUAUGCAUGGCGGCGGAGUCUGGGCGCUCGUGGGCCCAGGCUCGCAGCACCUAUGGUGCGAGCACGGCAAUGCGGCGCGGCGUGGACCGCCGGCGGGACCUGGGGCCUCAGCCCAAUGGGCCGGUCCCUGAAGAAGCCCGCGCCCCAGGCCGCCUGGCUCGCCUGCGGGGCCAGAUCCGGGCGGAGGCAGAGGCACGGGCGGACGCUCCCCGCCUGCUGCGGCUGGUGGAACGCACGGGAGCAGCGGCUGGGGCAGGGGCCAGAGAGGCGGGGGCCGGGGAGCGGGAGGACACGCGCAGCCGUGGCUCCGUGUGCUCCGUGUGCGGGGAGCCCCGCGUCGGGGCCACCUACCCAGCGGGCGUCCUGGAGGUGAGCGAGCGGCGGCUGCAGGAGGGCCUGGCGGCCCUGCGCGCCGAGUUGGGCGCCGAGCUGGAAGCGCUGCGCCGGGAGCUGCAGGCGGAGCUGGAGGCCCUGCGCGCGCUGCUGCCUGCCCCGCCCCAGCCGCCGCCCGCUCGCCGUGAGCCCCGCGCCGCGCCCCGCGGCCCGAGCCUCCUGCGGGCCCUCGGCACCGUGAACGCCCUGGCCGCGGUCACCAGGCCCGCUGACGACCCCUCGGACGGCCCCGCCAAUGGCGGCGCGAACCGGGCCCCGGCCCGGAAGAACCUCAAGAAGACGCCGGUGCCCCCCGGGGCCUCGCAGGGCGGUGGGGAUUGAGGGCGGCCGCCUGGAGGAUGGGCCAUGCUGGAGGAGCCACUGGCCAGAGGGGCAAAUGGACAGAUCUGCCCCCUCGCGGAACCAGCUCGGAGAGGAAGGGUCCUCCGAUGCUGCCUGCUGGCGCUCGGGCUUCAGCCACAGUCCACAGGCCACCAACUGGACAGCAGCCUGACUCUGGCCAGCUUCACUCUGCUGCCUGCCAGACCCAGCCUCCCAGAGGAUGGCGUGGCCGGGAACAGCCACAUCUGGUUGACAGCUACACCUGCGCUCCUGGCUUUGCUUCGGACACUAACCCCUUCACUUAAAGUGGUUUCGCCACAGGCAGUCACCUGGACACCAGCGCCUCUUCAGAAAGUGUCAUGUGCACUCAGACUCCACAGCCUAACCUCCCAGAGUGCCACCAGCCGUCCCUGUUGCCAGGACUCGCCCCCCAGGGCAGCCUGCGGUGGGUCCUGGAGCCAGCACUUCUGACUUCCUGGUCUCCAGGAAACUACCUGGAGUCUUCAUUUAACCACUAACAGUGACCUGGGGUGGACACCAGCUUGUUUUUGAAAUAAAAUGUGUAAUCUUAGGCUUUA